AUGAAGUCUCAUCUGUUGUUUCUCUUUAUCCUGGGUGUUGUAUUUAGCAAAUAUGAAAUCCUAGGAGAAGGGACAGAACAAAGGGUAAGCUCUGGGGAGACUGCGUCCAGCCCUAGUGCUGAUGCAGGAGGUGGAGGGUCAGGGGGAGGUCAAGCAGGUAAUAGUAGCGGUGCACCGGGUAGUGUACAAGGAGGUGUACAGAAUGGAGCUUCUAGCGCUACUCAAGGUGAUAGAGUUACUACUUCCAUGACCACGUCCCCUGCUUCUUCCCAGACAGUUGUCUCUCCUCCUAGUGGAAAUGGUGAAAAUCCAAGCCAACGCCAUGGCAGCAGCGAGAGUGUACCCGAAACGAACGAAAAUGCCAUUAAGAUCAACUCCUCUUUUCUAAAAAAUCAUACGGGCGUAAAAAUCACCGGUCCGUGUUCUUCGGAAUUUUUAGUUGUCCUUGUCCCGCACAUAUACAUUGAGGUUGAUGCCAUUAUGGAUAUAAUUCGACUGGGACCAAAGUUAAACGAUGCAGAAGGUAGAGUUGAAUUUCCAGUGAAUACUAAUUUGAAGAAUCAAUGCGGUACAGGAAAAACAUUUAAGUUAGUUCUUUAUAUUUACGAUGACAAACUGACUCUCAAAUGGAAAGUUUAUGAUGCCUCACCUGGAACGACCACCACCGACAACAAGAUAGAUAUGCAAACGUUUAUCCUAAGAAAUAUGGACCAUCCAAUAACAUCUAUACAGAUACACAAUGUUAUUGAGAAAGGAAACAGCCACGUACUUGAGAGUAAAAAUUACAAUUUGGGAAAUACCUUUCCAGAAAAAUGUGCCGCAUACGCUAAUAACUGCUUUUUAAGCGGAAUUACUGAUAUAGAAAAAUGUUACAAGUGCACAUUAUUGGUGAAAGAGGUUGAAAAAUCAGAUGUAUGUUAUAACUAUAUUUUGAAAAAAGAAAAUACAGCCAAUGAAGAAGGUAUAUCCACUGAAGGAGAGGACGAAGAUUCUAACAUGCUACAGUUAGAUGCAUCUAUUGAUAGUAUAUUGAACCAAAUUUAUAAUACAGGAAAUAAUAAUGCUAAAGAGUUGAUGAAUAUAUCUGAGUUAGGAAACUCUCUAAAGGUAGAACUAACAAAUUAUUGCAACCUCUUAAAGGAGAUAGAUUCCAGUGGUGUAUUGGACAAUUAUGAAAUUGGAAAUGAGACAGAUGUAUUCAACAAUUUGUCUAAAUUAUUAAAAAAGCACACGAAUGAUAAUUUUUCAACUUUAAAGGAUAAAAUGAAAAAUGUUGCUAUAUGUAUGAAAAAUGUGAAAGAAUGGGUAUCAAAUAAAAAGGGGUUGAAAUUGCCCCAGCUGAAAUAUACCAAAUUGGAAGACACUGCUAGCCAUACGUAUGACAAUCCCAAACAGAGUACAUGCAAAAAUAAAGGGACAGAUUCUAAAAAUGGUGAACAUGGAGCUUAUGACAUUGUCAUUAAUUUGAACCCAGCUGGGGUAGGUAGUCAUCAAUCUCCAUCCUUUGCUGACAGCAUGUACUGUAAUGACAUAUACUGUGACAGAUGGAAGGAUAAGAAUGGCUGUCUAGCCAAAAUUGAGUCAGCAGAUCAGGGCGAUUGUGCAACUUCCUGGAUAUUUGCAUCGAAGCUACAUCUAGAAAGUAUCAAAUGCAUGAAGGGGUAUGACCACGUUCCUAGUUCUGCUUUAUAUGUGGCUAACUGUUCACAAAAAGAGGGUGAUGCAAAAUGUCUCGCUGCCUCGAACCCGCUGGAAUUUUUGAACAUUAUUGAUGGUGAGAAGUUCUUACCAUCUGCAUCUGACAUGCCUUAUUCAUACAAACUGGUUGGUGAUGCCUGCCCCAAACCGAAGCAUCACUGGGCAAACCUGUGGAAUAAUAUAAAACUUCUUGACCCCGCAAAUGAACCCAAUUCGUUAAGCACCAAAGGGUACACCUCUUACCAAAGUGCACAGUUUAAAGACAAAAUGGACGAAUUUAUCAAUCUGGUAAAAGCAGAAGUAAUGAAAAAAGGUUCUGUCAUUGCAUAUGUGAAAGUAGACGAGAUGAUGGAUUACGAUAUUAAUGGUAAGGCGGUUCACAAUAUUUGUGGUAGUGAAGUGCCUGACCUUGCCGUGAAUAUAAUCGGGUAUGGAAACUACAUAAACGCAGAGGGAGUGAAAAAAUCAUACUGGAUUAUAAAAAAUAGCUGGGGAAAGUACUGGGGUGACGAAGGAAACUUCAAAGUAGACAUGGACACACCAGACCAAUGUCAACAUAAUUUCAUCCACACAGCAGCUGUGUUCAAUUUAGACAUACCUCAAUUCGAAAGUGGUUCGAAGAAGAACUCCGAACUGAACAAUUACUAUUUGAAUAGCUCACCAGAUUUUUAUAGUAAUCUGUAUCACAAUGCUUUGGACACAGAGAAGGUUGGAGGAUCAAUCAGUAAAAAGGCGCAUUCUAAGGACACUACCCUUUAUGGUUCAAGUACUGAAGAUGAAAAAGUGGAAUCGCAAAAAGGAAUAAAUGGUUCUGAUGACGUAGAGCGAAGUGUAGAAUUAUCUGUUACGUUAACAAGCGAAGGGACGCAACCAGAAGCGGCAUCAUCAUCACAACCAUCGCAAGGAGAUUCUCCUACAGAAGGUGUAGAAAAUCCAGAAGAAAAAGAUGAAGAUGAUUCAGACGGAACAGAUAGCGACGAAGCAAGCGAAGUAGAAUUGGAUGAGCACCCGGCUGAUGAACCAAGUAAAGAGGAAGAACCCACAGCCAAUAAAAUCCAAUUGGUACAUAUUUUAAAGCAUAUCAGCAACGGUAAGGUGAAAAUGAACCUUUUGACAUAUGACACUGAAAAUGCAAUUAGCGGAGACCACUUUUGUUCAAGAUCUCAUUCUGUAGACCCAGAGAAGCAUUCCGAGUGUGUAUCAUUUUGCAAUGAGAAAUGGGAAGAAUGCAAAAGUGAGCCAUCUCCAGGUUAUUGCAUUACUCAGAAGAAAGGAAAUAAUCACUGCUUUUUCUGUUUCGUUUAA